AUGUCUGGCCAGCAGACACCAGAGGAUGGCCUCUACGGCUCCUGGGUGGAACUGGAGGAGUUGAUCGCAGCCGUCAGCCGCAGGGAGAGUCCGACGGGACCAGAAGACAGCAUCUCUUCUGCUCUGCAGGGGGAGCUGGAGAGAAUCCUGCUCGAGGCGCAGCUGGAGUGCGAGAGAAACCGAGACAGUCCACCGCAGGUUGGGACCCCGCUUUCGACCAGUUCCCCAAGACCCUCUAGUGAUCACGACAGUGACUGUAUCACCAUACAGGAGGAAAAUGACAGAAGAUUGGACACUGACUGGGUGUGGGACUGGUCCAGCAGGCCUGAAAACAUGCCGCCCAAAGAGUUUGUCUUUCAGCACCCAAAGUCUAGUUCGCUCAGCAUCCGUAAGACAGAAGUGAUGAAAAAGAGAGGAAUCUUCUCGUCUGACGUGCUCCUUGUCCUCGUGCCCUCGUUGCUGGCCUCGCAUCUCCUCACGCUGGGUAUCGGAAUCUACAUCGGAAAACGUUUGGCUGCUUCCACCACUAGUACGCUGUGA